AUGCGCGUUGGUGACAGCAGAGAGAUUGUGGGUGGACUUCGAAACUGUCCCUUGUCCUCCGAUUGUGGGUGGACAUCAAAACUGUCGCUUGUCCUCCGAUUGCAGGUGGGCAUCGAAUCUAACCAUCGUCCUCCGAUUGUGGGUGGGCAUCGAAUCUAUCCUCGUCCUCCGAUUGUGGGUGGGCAUCGAAUCUAUCCCUCGUCCUCCGAUUGUGGGUGGGCAUCGAAUCUAUCCCUCGUCCUCCGAUUGUGGGUGGGCAUCGAAUCUAUCCUCGUCCUCCGAUUGUGGGUGGGCAUCGAAUCUAUCCCUUGUCCUCCGGCAGGUGGACAUCUAUCCCUUGUCCUCCGAUUGCAGGUGGGCAUCGAAACUAUCCCUCGUCCUCCGAUUGUGGGUGGGCAUCGAAUCUAUCCCUCGUCCUCCGAUUGUGGGUGGGCAUCGAAUCUAUCCCUUGUCCUCCGAUUGCAGGUGGACAUCGAAACUAUCCCUGUCCUCCGAUUGUGGGUGGGCAUCGAAUCUAUCCUCGUCCUCCGAUUGUGGGUGGGCAUCGAAUCUAUCCCUCGUCCUCCGAUUGUGGGUGGACAUCGAACUAUCCCUCGUCCUCCGAUUGUGUGUGGGCAUCGAAUCUAUCCCUCGUCCUCCGAUUCGUCCGAUUGGCAUGGGAAUCGAAUCUAUCCCUUGUCCUCCGAUUGUGGGUGGACAUCGAAACUAUCCCUUGUCCUCCGAUUGCAGGUGGGCAUCGAAACUAUCCUCGUCCUCCGAUUGAAUCUAUCCCUCGUCCUCCGAUUGUGGGUGGGCAUCGAAUCUAUCCUUGUCCUCCGAUUGCAGGUGGACAUCGAAACUAUCCCUCGUCCUCCGAUUGUGGGUGGGCAUCGAAUCUAUCCCUUGUCCUCCGAUUACAGGUGGACAUCGAAACUAUCCCUCGUCCUCCGAUUGUGGGUGGGCAUCGAAUCUAUCCCUCGUCCUCCGACUGUGGGUGGGCAUCGAAUCUAUCCCUUGUCCUCCGAUUGCAGGUGGACAUCGAAACUAUCCCUCGUCCUCCGAUUGCAGGUGGGCAUCGAAUCUAUCCCUCGUCCUCCGAUUGUGGGUGGGCAUCGAAUCUAUCCCUUGUCCUCCGAUUGCAGGUGGACAUCGAAACUAUCCCUCGUCCUCCGAUUGUGGGUGGGCAUCGAAUCUAUCCCUUGUCCUCCGAUUGCAGGUGGACAUCGAAACUAUCCCUCGUCCUCCGAUUGUGGGUGGGCAUCGAAUCUAUCCCUCGUCCUCCGAUUGUGGGUGGGCAUCGAAUCUAUCCUCGUCCUCCGAUUGUGGGUGGGCAUCGAAUCUAUCCCUCGUCCUCCGAUUGUGGGUGGGCAUCGAAUCUAUCCUUGUCAUCCGAUUGCAGGUGGACAUCGAAACUAUCCUCGUCCUCCGAUUGUGGGUGGGCAUCGAAUCUAUCCUCGUCCUCCGAUUGUGGGUGGGCAUCGAAUCUAUCCCUCGUCCUCCGAUUGUGGGUGGGCAUCGAAUCUAUCCCUUGUCCUCCGAUUGCAGGUGGACAUCGAAACUAUCCCUCGUCCUCCGAUUGUGGGUGGGCAUCGAAUCUAUCCUCGUCCUCCGAUUGUGGGUGGGCAUCGAAUCUAUCCCUCGUCCUCCGAUUGUGGGUGGGCAUCGAAUCUAUCCUCGUCCUCCGAUUGUGGGUGGGCAUCGAAUCUAUCCCUCGUCCUCCGAUUGUGGGUGGGCAUCGAAUCUAUCCCUUGUCCUCCGAUUGCAGGUGGACAUCGAAACUAUCCCUUGUCCUCCAAUUGUGUGUGGGCAUCGAAACUGUCCCUUGUCCCCCGAUUGAGGGUGGGCAUCGAAACUAUCCCUUGUCCUCCAAUUGUGGGUGCGCAUCGAAACUGUCCCUUGUCUCCCGAUUGCAGGUGGGCAUCGAAGCUCUCCGUUAUCCUCUGA